GCCGAAAGGGACCAAGAUAUUUCUCUUCGAAACACUGCCAGGUUCACAGGACAACGCCACAAUGAGAGCAGUCAGUGUUUGCCUGAUCCUAUUUCUUGUGACGGCUCAUAUGUCCGUCGCCAAGAUCCUCACUAAGUGCCAACUCCUGCAGGAGCUGAAGAAGCACAACAUUGCAAAAAACGAUUUAGCAACAUUGGUGUGUAUAGCUCAGCAUGAGAGCGGUCUGCAUACGGAAGCCUUGGGCGGGCCAACCUCCAAUGGAGCUCAUUACUAUGGGAUAUUCCAGAUCAGCGACAGAUAUUGGUGCAGAGAAAACGGCGUAGGCGGGGGUUGCAACAUUAAUUGUGCAGAUCUCAGAGACAACAACCUGGCCGAUGAUAUCAAAUGCGCAUUAAAAAUCAAGGAGGCCCAAGGAUUUAGGGCUUGGGCCAGUUACUUGAAAUACUGCACCAAGGCUUCUUUGCCCAGUUGCUGAACUGGCCCCCGCAAUCCACUGACUUAUUCAGAAGUUAAGGAAAACAAAUCAAGCCAAACAACAAUGGAAAUUGACCUGAAUGCAUCGACCUUUAUACACAAACCACCUCAGCAUUUAUUCUUAAAUAACUGUGAAUAAAAUGUGUUUCAUGUUGA